AUGGGUCAGAACUCAGAAGCACCCGCCGAAUGGUCACGAUUCGAAGACGUAGACAUUAGCGAUCCAUACAAGUACUCGGAUACCAUAGUGCAUUCUCCGCUAUUCCAAACACUUUGGAACAAGUGGAAAGCCAAUCUUGAUGUACCAUACUAUGGGAUUACAAGCGACGGCCGGAAAAAGGAAGGCCUGUAUCAACUUCAAGAUGAAGGAGCACCUACACAGCAAAUGACCGCAGCAGCUCGAAAGGUGAUAUCUAGUCUCAGUGCGAGUGAGAGAGAGGUUGCACUACACGACCUAGACACCGAGAACUGUGUGGUCUACGUCUGGAACAUCUCGACGAAAACAAGCUUUACCAUUUUUGGAGAACCUUCGGAAUCGACGCCCUGGGCCUACAUGCUUUUUGGUCACCACCUCUGUCUUAAUGUGUUCGUCGCUAGACAACAGAUGGUCAUUGGCCCGGUGUUCCUCGGCGCCGAACCAAAUGUCAUCGACCAUGGCCCCGAUCAAGGAAUCGAGCUUUGCACAGAAGAAAGUCGGCUCGGUCUACAACUAAUGCAGUCGCUUCCUGCCCACUUGCAGCGAAUAGCUCAAGUGUACUCUGAGAUGUGGGAGCCAUCCAUGCCCGAAGAUCGGUGGAACCCAGCCGACCAGGAAUUGCUCAUGUCAAUCAUUACCGCUUUCUUGAUACUUUUGCCGCCGAAGCCACUGACUUUCCGGCUUGAUCAAGUUCGCAAGAACCUUCCCGAGACAUUUUUCUCUUGGGUCGGUGGCUUCGGAUCAGCAGAUCCCUUCUACUACCGUAUCCAAAGCCCGGUGGCUUUGUUCGAGUUCGAUCAUCAUUCGGGCGUCUUUCUUACCAACGAUGAACCUGCCAAAUAUCACAUUCACACGAUACAGAGACUCCCGAACGGUAAUGACUAUGGACGCGAAUUGAGAGAGCUUAUCAAGAACGUAGCAAAUAAGCAGUGUCUCUCAGAGGACCGAGAACGGCGCCCUGGCGCCCGACGCGUCCAAAGAUUCGCCGCAAAACGCAGCCCCAAAGAUGCCAGAUCCGAGAUCGAGCCUUGUAAAAACGCCAUCCAUGUGGUCAGCUCUGCUCAAAAUCCAGCGGACGACCCUGACGCAGGCGUGGUACUUGAUCCCACAGUCGACACAAGCCAUAUUUUUGAUAGCAACCCGCCAGAGUCAUCUUGGUCUCCAGGAAAUUGUUUCGAAAAUGGAAUGGGCUCUGAGCCUCAGGACUUUGGGAAUGUUCUGAGCCAGCUUGGUAUUGGGGUGCCUUCGAAUUUCUGGGAGAUGGAUCGAACCGCAUUCACUGAUAUGCCCGAAAUUGAUGCCUCCUUCGUAAAUAUCGGGGAAGACUCGACAAACAACUCACAGGCUCUUGAGAUUGGCCCUCUGAAUGAUCAGACUUCAGUCUCGCCUUACAAAUCGCCCUCUUCCAGGUCAUCGGGGAGUCUCACCAACGGCAAGGUCUCUAGCAUCGAGUCCUUGACAAGACGAGCUGACAAUGCAGGCGCCUUACAUGGCUCUGAGCCCCCGGCAAUUUAUAUUCGCAAAAAUGAGACCGCGGGGCACUACGUCGGCUUAAGCUCGACUGGGGCGACCCUAGCAAUAUGUCUCACAGAUGGUCUCAAGAGCCAGCGCCUUCCUCUUAAGCCCAAUGGCCUCGACUUCCUCAUUGAAGCAGCUUAUUUCAAAAAUGUCAAUACAUUCUUUCCGAUCGUUGACGAGGAUCUGUUCAUUCCACGAACAGAAAUGUUUUACACAAUCGAUCGGCCUGACCUUGGUGUCAUCGACUACUGCCUCUUUCAUCUUGUAGUCUCGAUAGGUGCCUUGACUGAAAAGGGCAGCUCGCAGCAAACCGAACCUAUGGACCAUCUGGCCGCCGUCUCUUAUCAGCAGGCCUGGUCUCUGGUACAAGGGUCUUAUGCAUCUCCUCGUGAGGCAUCAGUACAGGUUCUUUUGCUUCAUGGUUACACCAGAGAAGCCCACAAGACAUGGACUUUUCGCAACGCCGACUCUCACUCCGAGCACGGCUCUGGGGCAUCGCAUUUCAUUUUGAUGCUUGUUCCUUUCGAUGAAAGCUCAAGAGAAAGCGAUAAUUAUUUCGGUCCGAGUGCCGCGCAGCUCUCGAGGUGGUCCUACCAGCUGGAUCAGAUAGUCAACCACUUUUGCAACGUAUUGCAGUCCAAGCAAUCCGUUGUUUCUAGGCUAGAAGGGAUCGCGCAGGCGGAUAAGCGCCUUGUGGCUUGGAAGGACAGUUUACCGUCCACAUACCGACCGGACUCUGUCAUCCUGGUGACACCGGAACGGUUCACGCAUGUACUGCUUCUCCACCUGGAUUACUCGAACCUACUCCGCGCGAUGCAUUUGGCGGCCAUCACAAUGCGACCUGCGCUAGUCAAUACUGCUGAACAACUCCCACGGCGCCUCCAGGCAAGCGAGAUUCUAUGCGUCGAAGCUGCACGGUCUUUCAUCAAAAGAUUGAAUAGCAUGAAUGAUAUGAAAGCAAAUAAGGAGCAAGUCAUCAGUCUCCACUCUGCGAAUUGCGUAGCCGCAAUCGCAGUCCUAUACAGGUACAUUUUAAGAGAUCCAUCCAAUAUGUCGGCACGAGCCGAUCUAGAAUAUUUGCGUUCAGGAAAAACACACCUGGACUCGCACAAGCCUUUUGAUGCCGUUGGCCCUUUAUCAAAAGCACUUUUCAACGAUAUGGUCUCUUCUGCUGAGGAUGUGGUAUGGAAAAAGGAUGUCCACAAUGGGCGGCAGGAAGACAGUAUUUCAGGCACCUCGAGUCUUUGA